AACUUGUGAAAUCUGUGGGGCCACUGCACGCAAUGUUGCUGGAGAGCAGACAGAUGAGGCAAACAAUGCUACAGGAGCAGCUUCACCAUCACCGCCUGUGAUUCUCACUGAUACCCGAAGUGCCUGUCAAGGCCGCCGCAUCAUGAAUUUCCUUCUUGCUUGCAUGAUUUUUGCCUUUGUCAUUUCUUGGCUCUUUCACUUCAAUAUUUUACCAUGAAUCCCCUGAGAGUGCUGUGCUUUUUUUUUUUUUUUGUGUCUUUGAUUUGAGUGAUAAGGAACAACUUCUGUUCUCGUCUCUAUUGAUAUGCUGUCUUAAACUACAUGAAGAAUCUGAGGCCAUUGUAAUACAUGGCAUUUUAAAUAGUCAUAAUUAUUGGCUCA